AUGAGCGGAAUUGGUCUUGAGGUUCUCUUGGAGGACCUCAUUCCUGAGAUCGCAUAUUCUGGAGAGAAAGGAGUUUCGAUAACCGAGCUGUUGAAAAUUGUACGGCAGUAUCACCUUAGCCUCGAGGGAAAAGAUGCGUCAACAGAAGGCGACGCAGCCGGGGGGUUGCAGGCGCCAGUCAGUGACGAUGACUUUGAGAAAUCACUUACGGAUGCCGAAAUGGCGUCGGCCCGUUGGGCCUGGGACUGGCUGCGUUCUCGACCACAAAUUCUCAUCAACGGAAACAAGCGGUGGAAUCGGCUCGAGCUGAGCGAGGCCCUAGCUCUGCCAGAUGCCGGCUCCAUCGACCCAGCAAUUGCCGCCGCCCCGAGCGAACCCCAAGGAACCCAACAAACCAAGGGGAAAAAGCCCAAAAAGAUUCUCACCACCAGACCCAGAAUUCACCCUGCCGAGGAUCUUGUCUGGCAGACUCUCACUCGCCAUGGCGUCGACUAUAAGCGGGUGCCGGCUCUGGAAUGGGCCUGCUUGCAGGGUGUGGCAUCAGCUAGAGCUGAGGGUAUCCUCCAAAGCGAUCUCCGGCGACUUGUUGAUCAAGACAAACGGUCCUUGCCGAAGCGAACAGAUUCACUUGCUCGGAAGGGCUACAUCGCUAAGCGGACAGUCGUUGUGCAGAAGAUGAAGACGAGCAGAUUGUGGUUGAUUGACUUCGCCCCUCCCCUUGUCGAGGCAGAAACAUGCGGCCUCGACUUGACCCCGGAAACGCUCAGCAAAAAUCUUGAGCCCGUCCCCUGGCACCAGCGCUGGACUGGGAAUAACAUCGACAUGGACGCGCUCGGCAGGACCGCCGUGGGUGUCGUCAAGGCUUUCAACGUUAUCCGGUACGCGGAUCUACGGCUCAAGAUGGGUGUCUCGGGGAAAAGGUGGCAGAUGAAGACGCUGGCCAAGAACUGCCAGCGCUUGGUUGAUGUCGGUGUGAUGAAAUACACAGCCGCCUCUUUCCCCGGCACACGCAAGGUCUUCAAAGACUGCCUCAAAUUCGUGCGAGAGCCUAAUGCCGAAGAGUGGGACAAGUUUCUUGCGACUGGAAAGAAGACGUCUCUGUAUUCGGACCCGACGAGGCAUCGUGAGCCGAAACCAAAUGCGCUUGCUCUCUACGGAAAAUCGGGAGAGAACGGCCAGGGGAGCGGCGAUGCCCGUUCCAAAGCAAAACGAAUCUUCAACGGUUGGAUCCCCGAGAAGCCUCUCGCUCAGACUGUCUUUGAAGUCAUCCAGAGCGCCGGCUCAGGAGGCGCCUCCAACCCUCAGGUUAGCGUGGCCACAGUCGGCUACCAGCAUCGUCGGUAUCUUUCGAGCUAUCUUACCAAGGUUGCCGAAACCCAGCAACCGCUGCAUCUCAAAAAGUUCCAAGUCGUCAGCAAGCUUGUUCGCACCGGUAAAACUUCCGCCUACAUGUUCUCUGCUCCCAAUGCAAUAGGCCAGAUCGCUCUUCCUCAGAUUGGCGAGGGGGAGGAACUGGUACAGAAUCAAGGAGCUGAUGAGAGCUCUUCCAACGCGACACCAACCAGCCGAUACGGCUUUGGCCAGGUUCGGCCCAAGGCUUUCAAUGCGAGCAAGGGCUUCUCCCUCGCGGACAUGUCGCGGGCCGCCAGGAGAUCGAAGCCUUCAUCGAAGCGGAAACUUCUGCCUCGCAUCAGACCUCAACAUUUGGCUGCUGCUGAGGCUGCAGCCGCCGAAGCUGCCGCCGAAGCCGCCGCCGAAGCCGCUGCUGAGAUUGUACCCGAAGUUGCUGCUGAGGUUGCCGCUGAAGCUACGACCGAGACUACCCCCGAAAUUGUUCUUGAGGCUGCCACCGAAACUGUUCCCGACGUUGCCGCCGAAGCUGCUCCCGACGUUGCCACCAGAGAGAACGCCGCUACUGCUGACUCAGGCAGCCAGCCAGCCGAGGUUAAUGGCCCUACAAAACGUCGCUUCAAUGAAAUAGAGACCGGUGCUGAGAGUAUCGAGUAUAGCGCGGUUGAGCCAACACAUGACCAUGAACAAGCCGCCUCGCCAACUCCCACGGCGGUCGACGAAACUGCCAGGUUGAGAACAAACGAAGAGCUGAUAUUGAACGUACAGUACAACGGCAUCGUCGGGAAGCUACAGGUCCAUCGUCAAGACCGCAAGCUCACUUUCUUGAGAUCUGGACGAGGCAUGAAAAAACCCGUCAUCAUUCCCGUCGACGAGGACCUCGCCGAACCAGUGAUACAAGAUAUUCCAGAGUCUGAUGAGAAAAGCCUGGUGAUCAAUACUGGGCAAAGAGACGGGGCACAGACCCAGGCAUUUGUCUUCAUCUUUAACAACGAAGGCCAAGACAACAACGCUGUUUGGAUCCAGGAAGAAGUCAUGAAAUUGAGAUCCCCCGAUUACCAACCGCCAACUCCCGAGGAGAUUGCAGCCGCCUUCGCGGAGAUCGCGACUGCGGCUGCUUCAUCUGGAGCCGCUCGCGGUAAAGGGCGUGGGGGUGGCCGAGGCAAAGGCAAGAAGGGACAAGCCCUAGCUGCUGGAGCAAAGCCAUACGUCUGUGAACUAUGUGGCGGCGCCUGGAAGAACGACUUGGGUCUCAAGUACCACCAGCAGAAGGCCCAAGUCCCUUGUAACCCGAGCUUCGACCCUACGAUAUUACUUGAGCGAUCCCGGAAACGUCGCAAACCUUCUCCAGCCCCUCCGUCCGUUGUCGGUUCUGAAGUCUGUGAUGAAGAGCGCCCGGAACGCACGCGCAAAGCAAAGUGUGGGAAGAAGAGCGAGAAGAGAGGCCCUCGAGUGCAGCACAGAGUCCGCGCUGCUAUGCGCUCUACGCAGGACCCAGCCCACAAGUUCCGUGGCCUCAAACUCCCUACUGCCGAGGACGGGGAGGGGUCGGCAGACUGGGAGUCGGAGCGCCCCAAGCGGAUACUUAUGGGACCCUCCGGAUUCGAAGGGCACGGUUCGAUCGGGAAGAGCGUUCUCCCCACGGGCCCGUCACAUGCCUCGAUGCCUAGAACACUCCCUAGCGUUGAACCUCGCCCUCCUUCAAUCGGCGAUACCCCAUGUCCUAAAGCCUCACUCGCCUUCAAGGAUGUCGCCACUCAAAUCAAGCCAGCGGCGGUUGGGGAGGAUACUAUCAAUAUGACUACUGCCGACGAGGCUUUAGAGCAGAUACCUUCCCUGCCAACCGCCCCCGCUACCCCCUCGCGUUCCCGGGCCUCUGAGGAUGUCCCGGAAAUUAAUGAUGCGUACAACGGCAAGCGAUCCCCUCAGAGUUUUCUUGGGGGCUUUACAUUGCGACCGACGAAUGAAACACCUCGUUCCAACCGAUACGAAAAUGCCUCGCCGUCGGGACAGUCCCCCGCGGCGAGUCAGGUAGAGGUAGCCCAGAGUGAAUACCCAGACCUUCCAUAUCAACAGAAUGGGCAGGCAAUUGAAAGAAGUUUUAGGCCAGAGGCAUUAGCACCACAGGCCGACCAAAACCGAUAUAAACCAUUCACCCCCUCGUCAAAUUAUGGCCGCAUGACCAGCGAUGCGAAGAGGAGAACCGCUCAGGCCUUCGACAUCAUUCAUUACCUCCUGGAGAACAACCUCGGCGUGUUCCCGGGCGACAAGGCUCUGUUCUACGCUCUGACCAACGUGUUCUUGAAGGAGUUCAGGAAACAGAUGCCACCUACCUGGAAAAAUUGCACCAGUGCGGUCAAGGCACUCGAGACUCGCAAGCUCGCCGCCCUGCAUACCCACAUGCUCAAAACCGAAAGGGGCAGGCUACAAACAUGCACCUUGCUCAUCAAAACCGGCGUGGACCCGAACGGAAUCGUCGCAACCAAGAUGAAGCAGAAGAUGCGUGAGACCUACCCGGCUAUCUUCAUCCCGCCCGCCUUUUCUCCAACUCAGCAAGAGCUAGUCCUGUUGCAGGAACUCGAUAGGAAAUCUACCGACAGGGACAAUGUCAAGCCGAAUGCUAACGGCCAGAAGUUCCGAAGUAGGCGCAAGAUCGAGGAGAUUGAAGUUUUUGAUGCUCCUUACUACAUGGACACCGCUCCUGUCGUUGGACCCAAGAGAGAUCCUCUCUGGAUCCGAGAUACCGAGCGGUUGGUUGACGAUGGUUUCAUUCCUCGAAAAGAAAAAAGGCCAGCCGACGACGACUUCUUGGGGCCUUCGCAGAAGAAGGCAAAGAAUAGUUUCCAGGGUGAAUACGACGACAUACCAGUGGAUCCUAGCAUUAUGGGAGACUCCAUGUCACAGCCACAAUACGAACAGCGAGACGGCCCUUCGGUGCUUGAAGCAAUCAAGGCGUAUAGUUUAAUGCCGGCGAAACUGGGCCCGCGCGGCGGCCGGCGGCGGCUGUCGUACCCGUACAAGCCAUUGGCUAAAUUACCCCCCGAGCUUGGUAGAAUCAGGAACCCUGGGUUGGGAAGUUUGCCUGGCGGGUUCUUUGGCGGCGAUUCAGCUCUGACGACGAUCCAAUUCGCUUCGCCUGUAGUUUUGAUUCUGGACCCCAAUACCAGCCUGGAGGACGAAGCGGGAGAGGCUGGGGAAGACCAAGACCAGAGCCAGACUACGAGUCGGGAGAGCACCGAGGAUCCGCUUGACGAGGCUAGCACCGAGGAUGGUUCCGGGGAAGUAAUUGAGGCGCCCAAGACGUUCCGAUUCGCAUGGCCCGCCGUUCUUGAGCCCGUGUCCAAGGGCGCCUGGCCUGACCAACCCCUUGGCUUCUUCGAGCACUACGAAGGCAGCUUUACUCUCAAUGGCUGGAUGCCUAGCCUCAAGUGGCUCCAGCGUCAGAACUUCCCAGCCAGCGCAGAGGAAGUGGCCGAGAAACAGAAGGCUGAGAGGAUCAGACUGCGCGACUGGGUCGACCGGGAUUACGCCAGAUUCUGUUCGACUGUCAAUCAGUGUGCAGCAUGGGAACAAUCAAAGUCUGGGACAGCGGUGAUGCUAGGAAGUAGUCUGUACCCUGACUACAAUUUUAUCAACGUGUCCUCGCCCCUAUCGAGGACGAACUCUCGGCCGAUCACUUUAGGCUGGUCGGAAGACACCCAGUAUGACCUCGAGACUCUCCCAUACGAAGACCUCGAAGACGACGAGUAUGACGAUGUCAUCUACGUCGAUGAUGCAGAGAGGGCCGCCAGGGAAGACGAGGCGUCGCCCAAGAAGCGUCGCCUGCAGAAGGCCAAUGGGGCCCAGGUCAAACGGUUACCGGGCAGGCCGCCCAAGCUCAAGCUUGCGGCUAUCAAGACGAUACGCGAGCACACGGCAUACCCGAGGACGGCGGAUGAGUUCCUGCGGUACGAUAAAGAGGACCUCGAUUGGUCAAGCGAGAACGUCCGGCUGGCGGCGUUCAUUGUGACAACUACUUUGCUUGGUGGAGUGGACCGGGUUGUGGAUUGGGGGUUGAUGCUGAGGCUUGUGCCCGAUCUGACUAUUAGCCAGCUCCGCCACUACUGGUGUGCCUUGAAGAAGGACCGGUUGUCGACCAUCGUCGGUUUGACGGAAAAGUUUCGGCGGGCCUUUCUCAGGGCGUACGAGAACAACGAAGUUCCGCCCAUUGACUUCGACAACGUGCUGGCCUAUGACUGGAAAGCCUUGAUCAAGUGGACAACCAAGCUCGACAUGGCUGAGUGGCGGAUGCUGCCAUCCACGCGUAAGGCGCUGGAUAAAACCGUCACUGUGUCCAAGUUCAAACACGGCAAUCGCCCCUGGAGGGAGGCCUUCUACCACCCACAGCGGUCCAUCUUCAACAAGUUUCAGGACGCCACCUCUGAAGCACUGGCACUGUCCGUUGAUAAUAGCGGCGAUCACAAGCUGGGCACCGACAUGAUCAUUGCCAUGUCCUGGACGCGGUCGCUCUGCGUGACGCCGGUCGAUGCGUACACGGCCGAUGCCGUCCUCCAUAGGCGUAACAUGCUGUUCCCGGCGCGGGUUAAAGCGGAGAUUACUGAGUUGAUGAUUAAGGGCGUCGACCAGCUCCAGCGCCAGGGCGUCAUCUCGAAGUCGUCAUCGAAAUGGUCCAACGGACGUCGGUGGCGCUUCAACACGCGGGUUCUUGACUCCCUUGAGAAAUAUGCGCAGCAGCAAAAGUUUGCCAGGGCAGUCGAAUUCAAGAAGGAGCUCGACCAGGCCUUCCGCGCGGGCGAGACGAAGAAGCGCGUGACCUACAUCACCAACGACGGCAUGAUCAUGGCCCUCUUGAACCUGCAGGCGAACGGCCGUGUGCGUGUCGAAACAACAGGUCAGCGGAAUGUGCCCAUGGGCCACGAGCCGGGCAACUACGAAACCCGCAAAUACACCAAGAAAUACAUGCACUUCCGCCUCGACGUGCUCCCGACCGACGCCUACCUCUACGACGAACCCAUGAACAAAAAAGAAGAAGACACGACCCUGUCCGACCUGCGCGCGCGCAUCCGGGCCAGCCGACCACCCACCAAGGGCCCCGGCGGCGCGGUGCCCGUGUGGUGCGACGUGUUCGGCCGCGUCGACGCGGAGCGCUGGCUCAAGUACCUUAGCGCGGUGCUGAUCACGCUGGCGUCGCGCGGCUCGAUGCGCGCCGAGGAGCUCGCGCGCACCCUGAAGCCGGUCAUCAUGGUGUUCGAGGCCGAGCUCAUCAUGGAGUGGGCUGGUCAGUUGGGGGUUGUUGAAAUCGCAGCUGCGGGGCAUGGCGCCGGCGGUGAUGGAGUGGUGGUGGAUUGCGGUCGAGGUGCAACGUGA